AAUUCUAAACCUGUAUCUUUAAAAAGCAUUUAUUUGGCUCCGCGCGUCUUCCUCGCAUCCUUUUUAGUUGGGAGUUUGCGGUGGGCAGAGGGAGGGAGAAGGAACGCCUGUUCUGAUCGGCAAACACCGAGACCAGAGCAUCUCUUUCAGCGGCAAGGAAGAGAAGCCGUCGCAGGAUCCACACACAUCUACAACUCUCUGUUGCUUUUUGUGCAAAUACCUAACUCUGCCUGACGUCCAUCCAAGCGGACAGGCAUGGGGUGUCUGGGCAACAGCAAGACGGCAGAAGACCAGGGCGUCGAUGAAAAAGAACGACGCGAGGCCAACAAGAAGAUCGAGAAGCAGUUGCAGAAGGAGCGUCUGGCAUACAAAGCGACUCACCGCCUGCUGCUACUGGGGGCUGGUGAGUCUGGGAAGAGCACUAUCGUCAAACAAAUGAGGAUCCUGCAUGUCAAUGGAUUUAAUCCUGAGGAAAAGAAACAGAAAAUUCUGGACAUCCGGAAAAAUGUUAAAGAUGCUAUUGUGACAAUUGUUUCAGCGAUGAGUACUAUCAUACCUCCAGUUCCACUGGCCAACCCAGAAAACCAAUUUCGAUCAGACUAUAUCAAGAGUAUAGCUCCUAUCACCGACUUUGAAUAUUCCCAGGAAUUCUUCGAUCAUGUGAAGAAGCUCUGGGAUGAUGAAGGCGUUAAGGCGUGCUUUGAGAGGUCCAACGAGUACCAGCUGAUUGACUGCGCACAAUACUUCCUGGAGAGAAUCGACAGUGUCAGUUUGGUGGACUACACACCCACAGACCAGGAUCUUCUCAGAUGCAGGGUCCUGACAUCAGGGAUUUUCGAGACCCGAUUCCAAGUGGACAAAGUAAACUUUCACAUGUUUGACGUCGGCGGCCAGAGGGACGAGAGAAGAAAAUGGAUCCAGUGCUUUAACGACGUCACGGCUAUCAUCUAUGUCGCCGCCUGCAGCAGCUACAACAUGGUGAUUCGGGAGGAUAACAACACCAACAGGCUCAGAGAGUCCCUGGACCUCUUCGAAAGCAUCUGGAACAACAGGUGGUUACGGACCAUUUCUAUCAUCUUGUUCUUGAACAAACAGGAUAUGCUGGCAGAAAAAGUCUUGGCAGGGAAAUCAAAAAUUGAAGAUUAUUUCCCAGAGUAUGCAAAUUAUACUGUUCCUGAAGAUGCAACACCAGAUGCAGGAGAAGAUCCCAAAGUGACGCGGGCUAAGUUCUUUAUCCGAGACCUGUUUUUGAGGAUCAGCACAGCAACAGGGGAAGGCAAACAUUACUGCUACCCACACUUCACCUGUGCCGUGGACACCGAGAACAUUCGCAGGGUGUUCAACGACUGCCGUGACAUCAUCCAGAGGAUGCACCUCAAACAGUACGAACUCUUGUGAGG